GCGCAGGGUCCUCGUGUGGGGAGAAGUCAGCCUCGCUGGCCCUUUGGUCUCCGAGGGCGGGGCGGUGUGGGGCAGGGCUUCCUUGCAUAACUCUAAAGAGAUCAAGGCCAGCGGCCCAGGCGGAAAGCCUGGGAGAGAGGGCCCCACCCCCGGGUGCUGGCCAUGGCCCAGGCCCUUGGCGCGGUGGAGCCCACCCUGCCCGGGAGAGCCCGCUGUGUGAGGGGCUCCCGGAGUCGGCUGUGCUGGGACCAGACCUGCAGACGCCCUCCACCCCGCUGGGCCGUGGGGCAUCACAGCCGCCUCCUGCACUAGCGGGGUGCGGCCACCUCCUUGUAGACUUCCAGACCCCAGAAGACGGCGGAAAGGGCGAUGUGUAUGUGUGUGUGGGGGGGUGUCACACCCUCCCCAGAGUCACUACUGCCUGGCCGCCUGUGGUGUCUGCCCGAGUGGGAGUGCUGUUUCCCAAAAUAGCCUCUUCCUGAGACUGAGGUGACCCCUCACCCUGAUCCCACCGCAGCCCCGACUCCACACCCACAUUUGGGGGAAAUGCAGUGGAAACCAGUAUGUUGGCAGCCGUCACCUAUAAACUCUAUUUAGGCAGAUGUUGGGCUUCCCAGGUGACUCAGUGGUAAAGAAUCUGCCUGCGAUGCAGGAGACACAGGUUCGAUCCCUGGGUUGGGAAGAUCCCCUGGAGGAGGACAUGGCAGUCUACCCCCUGGAGAAUCCCAUGGACAGAGGAGCCUGGAGGGCUACAGUCCAUGGGAUCAGAAAGGGCUGGACAUGACUGAGCAGCUAACACUUUCACUUUCAAAGAGUUUGCAAAGACAGCAGGUUGAUAAUAUAUUGGGUUGGCCAAAAUGUUUGGGUUUUUCUAUAUAAUGUAACAAAAGCCCUAGCUAAUUUUUUGGGCAACCCAAUAGUUUCCUUGGAUUGAGUCUCAAGAUCAUUUAAAUACUUCGUUUUUGCAUCCACUUAUUCCUGGCUGUCUCAGGACUGUCCUGAUGGGAGAGACCUCUCUGAUGCUCACAUGGAGGAACUCCCACUGGCAGACCGUGUCUGGAUUUCUGCUUCAGAAGCCAGGUGUCAACAGUGAGAGACGAGCUGGCAUUUCAUCUGCCUCCGCGUCCCGUCCGCCACCCUCGUUGCUUAGAGGACAGAGAUCACAUGUUGAAUUUGGAUGAAUUCCUCCCUGUAAGCUCUCCGCCAGGUUCCUUGUCUCCUGACAGCCAAACAGAAGGCGGUUCUGCUCCGCUGCGGUUUCCAGGCAAGACUCAGGCCCUUUCCCAGGACCUGCUGAGCCGGAGGGGGCGGGCCUAGGUCAAGAGCAUCGCUUCUGGGAACCGGCAGGAUACCUGAGGACACGGGCGGGGCGGUGGUGGUGGGGGGGCUCUAUUGUUACAUCUUAACCACAACAAAGCAGGACAGAGGUCAGAGACAGGGCUUUCUAGCUGUGGUCCAUUCGUGCCAACAGCGAUAAGUAAGCAAGUGCGAUUAGUAGAGAGGGGUCUGGGUUCUAACUUGCCAGCAACGGGUGUGUGAUCUUGGACAAAUCUCUCUAUAAAACCAAGAGCUUAGAGCUUUGAAAAUUAUAAAAUGUGAGUUUUUAUUUAACUUCUCCACAUUUCAGUUUGACCUUGACUUUACUCACAUACUCUAGCACUAAGAAUAUGGCAACUUAGGAGUCUUGUUACCUAGUGAGUGACUUAAUUAUGUGUGGCUUCCAUGAGAGUCAGUCGCAGUCCAGAUUGAUUAUUUAAUUGAUGAAUACUCAUUACACAUAUGGGAUAACAUUUUUAAGUUGUAAGUUAUGAAAUAAUCAAACACCAUUAAUAAUGUGAUUAAAAUAUCAAUGUUAUCCCAGUGAGCUGUAGUACAUGUUAUCAUCUUGCCGUUUACACUUCAAAUCCUUAGGAAACCAGGUGCUAACCCAGCAGGUGGACAACACUUCCCCCACCCCCCACCAAUCCUGUCCCUUUCACACUUCCAUGAGUGACACACAGUUGUUGUUUUUUUCAUGUUUAAAUGUAUGUAAAUAGUAUUAUGGUGCUCCCAGGCAGCUCAGUGGUAAGGAAUACACCUGCCAAUGCAGGAGACACAGGAGACAGGUUCAGUCCCUGGGUCAGGAAGAUCCGCUGGGAGAGUAAAUGGCAACCCACUCCAGUAUUCUUGCUGGAGAAUCCCAGGGACAGAGGAGCCUGGGGUACAGUCCAUGGGCUCACACAGAGUCAGAUAUGACUGAGCCCAAGCAUGAGCAGAAGAUCGUAUUAUAUGGCAUCUUUCUGCAAAUGGCAAACCUUCCAAAAUUCAAAAUUAUGUGUUUGGAAUUUAUUCACACCGGUACAUGUAGAUGUAGUUCAUCCAUUUUAAUGUGUGUGGUCCUUUUGGCAGUGAUGGAAAAUCAGUCUAAAAGACGUUUAAUCAAGCUUUUUGUACAGAAGGACACAAAGCAUUCUUUCUGAAACAGGCUGCCUUGUCACCUCCCUUCACUUCUUUGAAGCCAUCAGAGGAUGCCUGUUGUCAUUUGGAUGUGAGGGUGGGGUGGGGCCCGGCCCUGCUCACCCCGGGGCUCCUGGCCGCGCCAGGCUCUCCAGUUUCUGAACUGGUCAAGCUUGUUUCCAACCCAAGGAGUCUGUUCUCUCUUCUGCUGGCCCUGUGUCUGGUUCCCUCCUGCUCUCAGGAAUCUUCCCCAAUGCCAGUAGAAACCAGGUCUAUCAUGCCUCUCAGACCCUUGUUUACGUGGUUUGUAAUUCACUAGAAUUUGUAUAAUGAUGGCUUAGGUUUACUUUCUCCCUAGACUGGGAGCUCUGCGGGGGCCAAGGUCAAGUCUUUUUGGUUCCUGCUACCCUCUAGGACCAAGGGCACUUCCUGAAAUAUUGUGGGUGUUCAGCUAGAUCUGCUCAAUAUGUGAACCAAGUAAGUGACAGAAUACUAUUAAUUAUUUAUCACCGCUAAUGGGACUUUAACAGAUUGAAGAACUGGGGGAAGUGUGAAUUUGUUCAGCCCAGGCAAGUCUCUCACUUCUGACUCCAGCUUCCCAUCUCUGCUGGAGAGCUCACCUCUGAUUUCAGAGGAUGCACAAGACAGCCUUAUCUUAGAAGAGUUCAGGUUACUCAACCGUUGCUCGGAACUGGGUCUCAUGGCUACAGGUUUCCUGCUGGGACUGUGGUCCAUGCACCUCUUUCCAGCCCCGGUGGUCCCGUGUGGGAUUGCAGUGUUCACAGUCGUGUCUGCCCAGGCCAACAUCUCCUGAACCUGAGCUGCAAACAAGAGGCACGUGUUUCUCUUGCAGCGCGUUCUGGCCUUGCUCCCUGAAGGCGCAUCUGGAAACCAAGGGUGUCAUUUGCACUCAUCUCACUUGGGAGUCUUCCAAGUGACGAAUGCACACGUUUAUCUCCACCUGUUCUCCUUUCAGCUCCUCGGGGUCUGUGACUCCGUGGAGCACAGGACCAUGUUGUAACGGCACCAAGUCGGGUCCUGUCUGUGUGAUGUCACGUUUGGUGGUGAUUGAAGGCACAGGGUCCCCGGAGCCCGAAGCAGCAAUGCCCCCGAGUCCCCCCACUCUAGUGUGCAGAUUCAGGAGUGAGAGUCCAUCUCCUACCAAGGGCUGUCUCGUGAGUCACGAUGCUCUGACACCGUGUGUUUCUCUCAAAUAUAGACAAAGACUUAUGAUCUGACGAGGGAGGCGGAGUGGUGAAGCUCUCCUACAGAUCUUCAUGACCUAGUUGUCCUGUUGGAUUAAUGUACAUCUCAUCCCUUCACCCCGGGCAUCAUCUUACCCAGAUGGCUCGUCACUGGCGACAGCCAAGGGCACAGAGACGCUCCCCUGAUUUCGGCUCUCUGACCCUUGGGGCCUCUCUCCUGCAUAAACUGAGGCAAUGUGGCUGCAGCAGGAGGACUGGCAGGCCGUGCUCUUGACGGCGCUCUGGGAGGGCAGGGUGCAGGGUUUGCACGCAGAGGCACACCUGUGUGGGUUUGCACGCACACACAGCCUCACCGGGCUCAUCAGGGCGCAGGGUCAGCACACACAGGCACACCUGUGUGGGGUGUGCACACACACACAGCCUCACGGGGCUCAUCAGGGCAUGGGUCUAUAUACACAGGUACACCUGUGUGGGGUGUACACGUGCACACAGCCAUGCAGGGCUCACCAAGGCGCGGGAUCAGCACACACAGGCACACUUGCAUGGGGUGUGCACGCACACACAGCCUCACAGGGCUCAUCAGGGUGCGGGAUCUGCACACACAGGUACACCUGCGUGGGGUGUACACAUGCACACAACCUCACCGGGCUCACCAGGGCAUGGGGUCUGCACGCAGAGGCACAUGUGUGUGGGGUGUGCACGCACACACAGCCUCACGGGGCUCACCAGGGCGCAGAGGCAGUUCUGUGCUCACUCCGCGGGUGGAGAGGCCUUUCUGGCCAAGGAUGAGGGCCGAGCUCAGGGCAGACCUGGGAGCAGACGGCUCAAUGCCUUGUUUUCCAGCCUAAGGAGUUUGGACUUUGUGAACAGCUAUUACGUAAAGGCUUUUCUUCAGGAAAUUCUCUAAUUUUACUUCCACCAGUGCAUCCCUGCCAGAGAGUCAGCCUGCUGUUAUUCCCCUAAAUCACGCCCACACAGACAGCCCCAGCAGCCCGUUCCCGCCAGACCUGCCUGCAUCUCCAUCUGCUUCCCUCUCCAGGCUGGGACAGCCCGCGCCGUCAGCAUGCUGACCCCUGGACACGCUGGGCAGCGGACCAGACCCACCAGCGUCUCGUAGGUGUCCCUCAGCCAGGCACGCGGAUGCGGCAAAGACCCGGGCUUCACCUUCAAAACUGGAAGGACCUCCCUGGCGGCUCAGUGGUAAAGAAUCCGCCCGCCAACGCAGGAGACUCAGGUUUGAUUCCUAGUCCAGGAAGAUCCCACAUGCCUUGGAGCAACUGUGCGCCACAACUGCUGAGCCUGUGCUCAAGAGCCCAGGGAACCACCGCUACUGAAGACGGCAGGCCCUGGGGCUCGUGCCCCACCACAGGAGAGGCCAUCGCCACAGCUAGAGAGCCCCUCUGCACUGCAACCAGAGAACGCUGGCACCCUGCAGACCCAGCACAGCCAAAAUACACAAUAAAAUUAAAAAAAAACCAAAACAGAAGUAGCAGACAGAAGGACCCGGAGCAUGGGGCGGGCGCUGGGCAGCAUGGAUGCUGGAGCCAGGCAGUGGGCCCCAUCUGGCUCAGCCACCUGCCAGGCGCUGGGCUGGUUAAUCAUAUGAAGUUGGUGAGACUGCUUCACAUCUCAUUUCCUCUGGCAAAACAGGGCUAAAAACUGCAGCCCCACAGAAGGGCUCCUGCAAGGGUCACGUGUGUAACAUACGACAGCAGUUCCUGGAGGAUAGACGAGACAGGCGUGAACUGUGUCACGGCCACUCCUGCACUGAGGCUGCCUUACAGUCUGCGGAGUCUUAGAAAUGUCCUUCGUGAAAAGCAAGUUAAAAAUUACAGUGCCGUAGGCUGGCAGAGUAGACUCAGGUUAACGUCAUCCCAGGAUUCACUGGCUGCUCACUGUGUGGGUGGGGUCGUCCUGGUGUGUGUGGAUCAGCGGCGGGCAGGGUCAGGGAGUGGUCCUGAGACCCUGCUGUCAAAAGCAGGUGGCUGGACACUCGGAUUACACACACGGCAGGCCUGACCCAGAGGACCCCCAGAAGGAACUGGCUGCAACAACAGGCGCUGCAGGAACACGAAGAGCUGGUGAUACGACAUGGAAACACCUGAUACUCCGACAAAGGAAGAGGAAGGUCCCCGGUGGAUGAGUGAGGAAGACGGGUCUAGUGUGUGCACUGACUUGCCCUAACGCCCGCCUGGCGAGUGAAUUACGCAUCCCCACCCGCCCCAGGUGAACACUGCCGAGCCAGGCCCCCCGCUCAGCCCUAAUGGCGAACGGGGGUCACACACGAGGAGAAAGCUCCCCGGGCGGGUGCCUGUAAAGCAGGACUGAAAGUCAGGGUUGGGAAGCGUGGGCCGCAGCCCGGCGCCGAGCGCGGACGCGAUGGGAUGCGAACAGAUGGACGGUGACUCGGAGAGAGAGGGCGGGCCCGGUGCUUAGUACCCGACAGCUCGGCCCGCAGAGCGGGAGCCGUGCCCAGAGCGUCCCGUCCGCCGCGCGGAGCCUGGACCGCACAGACCCGGGCAGACGGCCGCCAGCCCGCGGAGGCCGCGCUGGGGUCACAAGUUCAGCCGCGAGCGGGAGCGCGCUCCCGCCGACACACCCCUUUCUCGGGAGAGCGGGCGGGCGGGCGCGAGCCGAGCGGCGCGAGAGCGAAACCCGCUGUGGACACAAGUGAGGUCUGAUCGCGCGCCCGGAGCCCGGAGGAGCCAUCGACCUUGGGCGGCCCGAGUCUGGGCGGAGUGAUGCGGGGCUGCUGAGCGGGGACAGCCGCCCGAGCGCGCGCGCAUGGAGAGCCCGGUGGUCCCCUGCGUCCUCUACCCGGGCGACGGAGCGUGCGGCCAGGCCGGGGGCCGGGGCGGCGCUCCCGAGGCUCCGGGAGAGGGCAGCCUGCAGCCGCCGGACGCGGCCGAGGGGGAGGGCGCGGCGUCCCCGGCGCAGACACCCUGCAGCCUCAGCGCGUCCCUGUGUUUCAGCUCCGGGGACGACUCCCCGCCGCAGUCUCGCGCCUCCUCCGCGGCGGAGGACGCAGCGGCCUCGCCGCCCUCGUGUCGCAGCGGCCGGGGGGUGGUGGAGAGGCAGUGGGGCGUCGGCAGCGCGGGCGCCGCGUCCCCGGAGGAGCCAGAGUCCCCGGAAGACUCCGCGUCCCCCGAGGAGCCCGCGUUUCCCGGGGAGCGCCCGCCGGCCAAGGAGCCCGCGUCCCCGGAGGAGCCCGCGGACCCCGCGCCCGUGCCCCCCGGCGUCGGCCCGGAGCACGGAGAGCCCGACCUGCUCAUCGAGGUCUCGGGCCGCCGGCUGCGGGCGCAUAAAGCGGUGCUGGCGGCGCGCAGCGACUACUUCCGCGCGCGCGCGUCCCGGGACGUGCUGCGGGUGCAGGGCGUGGGCUGGGCGGCGCUGCGGCUGCUGCUGGCCUACGCGUACAGCGGGCGCAUGGCGGGCGUGCGCCCCGACAACGUGGCCGACGUGGUGGCCGGCGCGCGCCGCCUGCAGCUGCCCUGCGCCGCGCAGCGCGCCACCGAUGCUGUGGCGCCGCAGCUGAGCCUGGCCAACUGCUUCGAGGUGCUGACCGCGGCUAAGCGGCAGCGGCUGGCCGAGCUGCGCGAGGCCGCCUACCGCUUCAUGAGCGACCAUUACCUGGAGGUGCUGCGCGAGCCUGCCGUCUUCGGGCGCCUGUCGGGAGCCGAGCGCGACCUGCUGCUGCGCCGCCGCCUACGCGCCGGCCGCACCCGCCUGCUGGCCGCCGCCCUCGGGCCGGCCGGGGAGCGCGCGGGCAGCCGGCCGCAGAGCCCCUCGGGGGACGCGGAGGGCCGCGGCGAGGCCGCCGUCUACUGCUUCCACGAGGCGGCCGGCGAGUGGCGCGAGCUGACGCGGCUGCCGGAGGGCGCGCCGGCGCGGGGCUGCGGCCUCUGCGUGCUCUACAACUACCUCUUCGUGGCUGGAGGCGUGGGGCCCGCGGGCCCCGACGGCCGCGCCAGGCCCUCCGACCGGGUCUUCUGCUACAACCCGGCCACUGAUCGCUGGAGCACCGUGAGGCCGCUGCGCCAGGCGCGCUCGCAGCUGCAACUGCUGGCCCUGGACGGCCACCUGUACGCCGUGGGCGGCGAGUGCCUGCUCAGCGUGGAGCGCUACGACCCGCGCGCCGACCGCUGGGCUGCCGUGGCCCCGCUGCCCCGGGGCGCCUUCGCCGUGGCGCACGAGGCCACCACGUGCAACGGCGAGAUCUACGUGUCCGGGGGCUCCCUUUUCUACCGCCUGCUCAAGUACGACCCGCGGCGCGACGAGUGGCAGGAGUGCCCGUGCAGCAGCAGCCGCGAGCGCUCAGCCGACAUGGUGGCCCUGGACGGCUUCAUCUACCGCUUCGACCUGUGUGGGGCCCGCGGCGACGCGCCGGCGGCCGUGCAGGCCGCGGGGGUCAGCGUGCUCCGUUACCACUGUCUGGCUAAGCAGUGGAGCCGCUGCGCCUCGCACCUGCGGCCCCCGGGCGCGCCCUCGGGCCUGCAGCCCUUCCGCUGCGCCGCGCUGGAGGGCACCAUCUACUGCGUGAGCCGCGCGGGCACCUGGCGCUUCGUGCCGCCCGCCGAGGGCGAGCCCGGCGCCGGUGACACGGGCCCGGAAGGCAGCUUUGAGCUCCAUUCGCUCCAAACCCCGGCAGACGCCCGGGGCCUGCUCUUCCCCUUCGUGCUCAACUUGCCGGAGGAGAAGCCGGACCGAGGGGAGGAGGGCGCUGCGUAAGAUGGGCCGGGUGGUCACUCGGCAUGUCCCUCCGCGGCCCGAAACAGGGAACGCCCCGUGGGCCGAGGUCCCAACUGGGAACCCGGAAGGGCGCAAGGGGAGCGGAGGCGAGGGGAGAGGGUCGGGGGUGGGCGCUGCCCACGGGGAUCACUUAGGAGGUAGUGCUUGUUGCAGGGCCUGGGAGACCGUGUCCAACGCUGCCUCAAGGCCCCCUUUCUACUCUGCUUUCCUUCUGCUUUGCUUUGCUUUGCUUAAGGGGGGGUCGAUGGAUUAAGAUGCAGGAUGUGAGCAAAUAACUUUGCAAAUAAGAUACAACAUACCUGAGAAAGAAGGAAA